AUCGUGCUUUAAUUACAACUUGACGGACAGUCGGUGGCACAGUGGGCGACUGCGUGGGUUUCCUCCCGCACUCCACAAACAUGCAUACUGGGCUAAUUGAAGACUCGAAACUGCCCGUCGGUGCGGAUGCGAGGGUGAACGGUUGGUUGUCUAUGAUUGGCUGGCGACCGGUUCAGGGUGUCGUCCAGAGUCGCCCGGGAUAGGCUCCAGCGCGCCCGUGACCCCAGUGAGGGAGCGAACACAGCUCUGUAAUACGUCAGCGCCACAAAGUCAGAUCUCGGCCCUUAGGCUGCUCAAAAGGAUGUCGACGCGCAUAAUCUUGAAAAGCAAAUUGUGCGUCUUGGGCAUGGCCACCUCGGCCGUCGUCAUCUUGUUCUUCUGGAUGAGCGAGGUGAGGACUGGUCCGUUGCACCUCCACGCGGUCACACGGCCUCCCGCCGCGUGCCCCGGGCGGGUGAGCGAGGAGACCAUCACCCGUCUGAACGGCACCGAGCACCUGCUGGUGUCGGCCUACGCGGACGGGAGAGAGCGCGGCGAGGAGGUGCGCAUCAUCGCCAUCUUCAAGAGGGACUCGGUGCAGAAGCUGAAUUGCGUCUCGUGCUGCCAGGGCUGCGUUUCCGCCGAGAGCCCGGCCAGGGUUCUAGUGCAUCGGGAUCACUUUGGUUUCCCCUACGGCGCCACCUCCGUCCUGUGUCAGGCAUCGGUGGGCUGCCGAUGGUCGCACGUGGCUCUGGUGGCGCCCGAAAACCACACCGACGUGGGGAACCUGAUGUGGCUGCCUAUCAGGAACUGGAAGGAGGCGGGACAGGAAGAGAGAAGGCUGCCGUACAACUUUACAGUGUGCAUGUCCGUCCUGUUUGGAAACUACAACAACGCCCUACAGAUGGCGCAGACCCUGGAAACGUACAGGCUGCUCGGCGUGGACAAGGUGGUGGUCUACAACUUCAGCAUCGGUCCGGAACUCGCCCGCCUACUGCGCAGCUACAGCCAGGAAGGCUUCGUGGAGAUCAUUCCUUGGCCUAUCGACAGGCAUCUGAAACCCGCUAGCGCCUGGAGAUUCUCAAACGGCGUAGGUGACCUGGAGUACUUCGGUCAGGUAGUCGCGCUGAACGACUGCCUCUACAGGUCCAUGGAGCGGUCACGGUACAUCAUGGUCAACGACCAGGACGAGAUCAUCAUGCCGUAUCGGCACGAUGACCUGAUGUCUAUGAUGAGCGAGCUCCAACGGCAGCAUCCCGACGUGAGUGAGUUUCACAUCGAAGCCCACAGAUUUCCCACAACGAUGGUGGAGCCCAAUGGUACGUUCCAACUACCUCAGUGGGAAGGCGUGCCGGGAAUUAAUAUCUUGCGGCACAUCUACUCGUUGAAGCCAAACGGACUUAAUCGCAGCCUCGGCAAGAGCAUCAUUCGGCCAAGGUUGGUGAAAGAGACCUCGGUGCACCAGACGAAUAAUAAAUUCGGGACAACCUAUUAUGUCCCACCGAAUGUGUGUCGGAUCAUUCACAUCCGCGAUGAUCCGCCCUCCCCGCACUUCACUGUGGACCGGAGACUGUGGGACUUCCAGAAAAAACUGAUCCCCAACUUGGAAUAUAGUUUGAAGAGAGCGGGGCUGAUUAAAACGUAAUUCACGAGUUCGAGGUGCAUCACAAUAAAUGACAAUUACAAAACCUCAUCAAUCAAAAACCAGCCCCAAGCCAGUGCAAACUGUAGGCCGGUCCCAAGCGAGGACAUCCGGCUUAAACCUUUGCCAAACAAAUACGAACGUUCAUCCAAAGAAUUCCAUACCGGAUCGGAAUUCUGUACUCAGAAUCUGUUUGAAACUGGAUAUAGUUGUUAGAAUUUCAGAGCAACAGGUGUACUUCAAAAACUGCUAGUUAUAUGAGUAUUUAAAAAAAAAAAAAAAAAGUGAUGAGGAAGCAGUUGGCUUUGUUACCUUGAAUGUGAUUACAUGGACCUUUUACAUUAUUGGAUACCAAGAGCACAAAUGUAUAUAGUGUUUAGCUUCCUAUAUUUCAUUACUAUUAAGUCAUAUCUGUACUCAUAAUUAGGGCUAGGAGGUGAUCAUUUUUGUUUUGACUUCAUCACACUAUUGAACAUGUACACUGGAACAUUUAUUUUCUUUGACUUAUAACCUUAUAUGGUGUUGAUUUGUUUUUGUAUAUGUUCAAUAAAGACAUGAAAUGGGGGAAAAGACGGAGGCCUACUUCACUGCGCUAGCUUAAGUAAAAAAAUGUGUUUGGGGUGCAAACUUUGUUAAGUGCUCUCAAAUACGAAUAG